AUCUUGGCAUCAGUAACAUCAUUCACUCUCGAAAGAGGGCUCUUCGGCCCAAGGGAAAUUGAGAGUUAGUUCGUUUGGCUCGUAGCUAUGCGCAGUGAAUGCAGAAGUGGUGGUCAUCGACACAAGAUAGGCCCAUAUCAACCGGUUAAGUAAUACAGUCGUUCUGUCUGUAUCAUACAAUGACCGCUAUGGCGACCUCAGUGCCGACAUGCAGACCCCCAUCUGACGGAGAGCCAUCUCGUGGUCCAACGUUGUUAGAUCUCCUCAAAGAAGAGAUUUCUGCCCAAAUUAGCGCGCCAGCUUCGGAACUUGACUCGCGAGAUGGGCCAUACUUACGAAUUGAAGGCGUACUCUGCGGUUCACUGGACGACGUGCGCGAAAAUGGGUUAUCUGUUAACCAAAACGACCAGCGGCUGGUCCUGGGAUAUCUCGCUUUCAAAAAUGGAGAAUUGAUCCGCAAUCCCAUCCCCAAAGCAUCGGUCCUGUUGGAUUCCCAAUGUCAGGUAGCGGAAGGAGAGGGUAAAGACAGACCGAAUUGGAAUCCACUGUCAACACCAGACUCCGGGCAAAGUGAUGGUGGAGAGGGCUGCAAGAGGCGCAAAGUAGUUGGUGGCCUCCGGUUACAGAAUCAAGGGAGUAACUCUGCGAGUGUCUCGGAUGACGCAGCAUCGGAUUCUGGUUCUGGACAUGAGCGCGGUGAUGCCAGUGAAAACAUAUCUGUACGUCAGGUACUCAGUGAUGUGACUCGCUUUCCUCUGCGGAAGCACAAGCGCAAGGUCGCUGGACCGGUGUUAGAACCAACCUCGGUGGAUAGGCUCAUAGCUGGAAUAUGGCGUCAGGUGCAUUCGUCUGUACAGCUAAGUAGGCCUACGCUGCAGCAAAACACGGUUAUUCGUUCUUAUGGCUCAUUGAGUAGUGAGGACUUUCGAGAAGUCAGUAAGACGUGUUUGAGAUACUAUAAUCAGAGCCAAUCGUCCCGUGCGCUGGAAAUGGUCGCACAGGCAUAUUGGGUUGAAUGCUACGAAGGACGCAUAGCUGCUGUGAGGACUGAAAACGAGGGAUACUCGGCUACAGAUGCUCACAUGGCCGUCCUAGCAGAAGCCUGCGCUGCUCUUGGAUGGAAGGAGAAGGACCUGAGAAAUCGAUUAGCUAUCUGGCGUGGCUAUAAGGAGAUCAAGGAUGCCGGAGGAUGGGCCUGUCUCAUCUUUGCCAGCGCAGGUGUUUACCGCUUCUGCAAAUACCGAAAAGGACAUGAUGAAGGCCUCUGGCCAAAGCUACAGAGUGUCCGGCACAGCGUCGAAGUUGCCGCCGACACUCUACAUCCCGAGUGGCGGAACCUGGUCGAUCUUAUAGGACAAGAAUCUCCUCGGAGGUAUCAUGGGAAUCCACAUCAAUGGGUGACUAUACGUUCCAAGCCUGCGAUACCUAUCGAGUUGACCUACAGCCAUUUGCCGAAUGGUUUCGAUUAUACGUUUAUAGACGAGUGUAUUCUGGACCGCAGUGCCUUCGGUGAUGAAGAUCCUCGUCGAAUGCUCGGAGUAGACUCCGAUACAUGUCAUAUUUGCAAGCAACUGCAGUCGGAUGAUGUCCGUUUGAACCGUUGUUCUUGCUAUCCUUCUCUGUUUGGGGCUCCUAAAAGCCCUGUGCCGGUGCAGAUUUUUCAUACGUCCACUGGAAAGAAUAAUGGCAUCAUUGCCCGUUGCAAUUUCGAAAGAGGAACGGCUAUUGGAGAGUUUGUGGGACUUGUCACCAAGGGAGUGCAAGGUAUGGAUGUCAUGGUUGGAGGUUCCCGUGAGAAUACCUUCCAGAUCUUCCAGGGUAAAAUGGGCAACUUUACGCGAUUCAUAAAUCAUUCAUGCUAUCCUAAUUGCCAGUUCCAGAAAUUCUACUGGCGCGGCAUUGAACGCAUUAUUGUUGUCUCCCGUGGUAUAAUAAUGGGCUCUGAAAUCACAGUCGACUACUCAGACCAUUAUUGGAAACAACUGGAUAAGGUAUGUCUUUGUGGCGAGCCAUGCUGCCGGUUCUCGAACAGACAGGGACAGGAGUCGCGUAUAAGGAGGAAAGAUACAUAGAUGAAGCCGAGUCUUGGAAUAAUUCAUCUUAAUCCUCUAG